AUGGACUCAGGGGGCAUGGAAUUACUGUCACUCUGGGAAGAGGCACUGAAGUUGACUACGAGAGCUUUUCAGUGUCUGGUGGUGGCCGUGCUCUUCUCCCCGCAGCUCUGCACCGAGGCACUGAAGGGCGGCUGGACCAGGUUUAAGGUGAAAGUUGGUGCCCAUAUUCAGGAUGACAUCCGCAGAUGCCAACUCAUCAGAAACAUGAUUGGACCUGAGAAGACUUUGAUGAUGGAUGCCAACCAGCGCUGGGAUGUGCCCGAGGCAGUGGAGUGGAUGGCAAAGCUGGCCGAGUUCAAGCCUCUGUGGAUUGAGGAGCCCACCUCUCCUGAUGACAUUCUGGGCCACGCCACCAUCUCCAAGGCAUUGGUUCCAUUAGGCAUUGGCGUUGCCACGGGAGAGCAGCGCCACAACAGAGUGAUGUUUAAGCAGCUCCUACAGGCGAAAGCCCUGCAGUUUCUCCAGAUUGACAGCUGCAGGCCGGGAAGUGUCAAUGAGAACCUCUCAGUGUUGCUGAUGGCCAAGAAAUUUGAAAUUCCUGUUUGCCCCCAUGCUGGUGGAGUUGCUUGUGAACUGGUUCAGCAUCUGCUUCUAUUUGACUUCAUAUCAGUCUCUGCAAGCCUCACAAACAGGAAGUUGGCUAUUCCACAGAAAUGAAGGAGGAAUCUAUAAAGAAACACCAAUACCCAGAUGGUGAAGUCUGGAAGAAACUCCUUACGACUCAAGGGAAUUAAGGAUUCGGCCCUCACACCCACUUCUUUUUUAAGUGAUAAGGCUUAAAAUUUCUUGGGUCUGGUUUUAUGAAAAUAGGG